AUGAAUUUCGGUUUGCUCGUACUGGGCAUUGCCAUUUACGCUCAUGAAGUUAUUGACCGAUUGAAAGCCGGGCAGCAUGCAGGCAUUAUCUUUGAAAUUGGUGAAGAUGCAAGUCCGGAGGGCAACGUUCUUAAGCAGGUGAAAGACGAAUAUGACGACCUGCUUCGAAUUCACACGAUCGAAGGCGCAGAGGCAAACAGAGUUAGCUUCAUCACGCCCACCGGCGAUCAAGUUUUCCACAAUGGAAGAAAUAGCAACAGUGACAUCGUGCAAUUCAUCAUGAAGCAGUUCAUGCAAUAUUACAAUCCGUUUUCGGCGACGCAGUCGGGGGACAAGCCUGCCUCAGGCGACAAGUUUACGUCAGGCGACAAGUCUACCUCAAGCGACAGUAAGUCAACGAGGACGGGUGAUAAGGCCAGUAAGGAUGAAAAGGCAAGUAAGAAGGAAGCGCGUUCGAAGAAAGGGAAGGUGUUGGCGUUGAACGGUUCGAAUUUUCACAAGACGGUAAUGGCUGACGACACGCGUGGUUACUUUGUAAAGUUUUAUGCUCCGUGGUGUGGUCAUUGUAAGGCUAUGGAGGACACGUGGAAGCAGUUGGCGCGUCAAAUAGAUCCUGAAGCGAUGGUGAUCGCGGAGGUGAAUGCGGAUGCUGAGAAACAGUUAGCGGCGGAAUUUGGAGUAAAGGGUUUCCCGACGUUGUUAAUGUUCCCGCCUGGUGGUAACAAGCAGCCGGUGCCGUACAACAACGAGCGUGAUCUACGUUCCUUUGUUGACUUCGCUCAGAAAUUUGCGAAACAUGUAGCCAAGGUAACCGAACUGGUAUCGGACAGCCAGUUCGAAGAAGAAUGCGGUAGUGACUCGGAUGGUCUUUGCUUAAUUUCCUUCCUGCCACAUAUUUAUGAUUCCAGUCCAAAGGAACGCAAGAGAUAUCUGUCCAUACUGAAAAAAGUUAAGACCGAAAAUGCAGAACUGCCCAUCAAGUAUUUCUGGACCGAAGCCUCUCAUUCCAUGGAGCUAGAAAGAUACUACCGUCUAGAAUUUGGCUGGCCCGCCACCAUUCUCAUCAACGGCGCCAAAAAAGCCUUCGCCACACACCGUGGCGGCACCAAACACUCAGACCUCACAGACUUCGUCAAUGGCGUCGCUCGCGGUAAAUACAAACCCGAAAAAUUUCCUGCUCAUGCACCACCCCGUUGGCCUACCAUCAUCCCCUGGGAUGGCAAGGCCCACUCGCCCAACGAGGAACUUUGA